CCGAUGGCUCUCGACCCCAGCGGCCGCUUCGGCCUGCUGCUGCUCUUCUGCUGCCUGGUGGCUGCCCGGGCCAACCUGCUGGGCCUGGACUGGCUGUGGUCCAGCAGGGUCACCAGCCCCAUAGCUGCGCCAGCCUCUGAGCCCCAGGGUGGCCCACCCUUGCAACCCACAGCGGAUGCCACCACGACCGUGGCCCCCCGAGAUGGCCCUCAGGAGCAAGGGACAGCCCUUGCCAGCCCGGAGCUGCCCUUGGAGGAGCUACAGGGUGGCCAGGGCAGGGCCCUCACCACCCAGGCGGCCCCUGCCACGAGCUCGGACACGAAGGAGGAGAACAUCGCCGGCGUUGGCGCCAGGAUCCUGAGUGUGGCCCAGGGCAUCCAGAGCUUUGUCCAGCUGUGGGACAGCGCCAGCCCCACUGAGAACUCUGCCGGGGCAGGGACACCAGCCCCCAAGACCCCCUCAAGCCCCUUCACCCACCCUGGGCCUUCCAGCAGCCCCCAGGAGAACGGGACCCCUCUCUGGCCAAGCAGUGAUACUCCAAGCUCUCCGGGCACCCAGAGGACCACAGCCAGCACCCUGCAAGUGCCCACACAGCCACCUCCCUCCCUGGGUAGGCUCCAAGCUCCACUCAGGGGGCCCCCAGCGCCACUGCCAUCCCCAGAGAGCUUCAGUGAGGAGGUGGGGCUGCUGCAGCUCCUUGGGGAGCCCCCACCCCAGCAAGUCACCCAGGUCGACGACCCUGACGUGGGGCCAGCCUACAUCUUUGGACCAGAUGCCAACAGCGGCCAGGUGGCCCGGUACCACUUCCCCAGCCCCUUCUUCCGGGACUUCUCACUGCUGUUCCAUGUCCGGCCAGCCACGGAGCAUGCAGGCGUGCUGUUCGCCAUCACAGACGCGGCGCAGGCAGUUGUCUUGCUGGGCGUGAAGCUCUCGGGGGUGCAGGACGGGCACCGGCACGUCUCGCUGCUCUACACGGAGCCGGGCGCAGCCCAGACCCGCACAGCUGCCAGCUUCCGCCUGCCCGCCCAGGUCGGCCAGUGGUCGCGCUUUGCGCUCGGUGUGCAUGGUGGCUUGGUGACACUGUACCUGGACUGCGAGGAGUUCCAGAGGCUGCCGUUCGUGCGGACACGCCUUAUGGGCUUCAUCCCCAAGUCUCCCCUGCAUGAGGUGUCUCUGGCCCCUGAGGAGAGCGACGGGAUGAUCGCAGAGCUGAGGGUGCGUGGGGACCCCCAGGUGAGCCCCCUGCACUGCCUGGACGAGGAGGACGAUGAUGCAGACGGGGCGUCCGGAGACUUCGGAAGUGGACUGCAGGAGAGCGGAGAGCGCCUCACAGAGGGAACGGCCACGUCCCUCACACCCAGCCUCCCCCAGCCUCCCCCGGUCACUCCUCCACCCACAGAAGACUCCAGAGCCGAAGUCCAGGAAGAAACCACGGUGGUGCCACUAGCAGCUCAGACCCUUCCUGGCUCCGAUUCGGUUUCCACAUGGGACAGUCGUGUCCAGAGUGCGGGGGUCAGCCUGGAAAAGGAAGGACAGAAGGGGCAGAAGGGGGAGCCAGGUGCUCGGGGCCUGCCUGGCCCAGUUGGUCCCCAGGGUCCUGCAUGCCCGGUCUGUCCCCAGAGUCCCCCAGGCCCAAUCAGUCCCCAGGGUCCCUCAGGCCCGGAUGCACAACCUGUCCCCAGGCUGCAGGGACCCCCUGGACCCCCGGGGCUGCCGGGGAAGGACGGCGCUCCGGGGAGGGACGGCGCUCUGGGCGACCCUGGUGAAGAUGGAAGACCCGGGGACAUUGGGCCACAGGGCUUCCCAGGGGCUCCAGGAGAUGUAGGUCCGAAGGGCGAGAAGGGGGAUUCUGGCAUCGGGCCGAGAGGACCCCCAGGACCCCAGGGACCUCCGGGGCCCCCAGGACCGUCCUUCAGACACGACAAGCUGACCUUCAUUGACAUGGAGGGGUCUGGCUUCAGUGGUGACCUGGAGGCCCUCAGGGGCCCGCGAGGCUUCCCCGGCCCCCCAGGGCCCCCUGGCGUCCCAGGCCUGCCCGGCGAGCCAGGCCGCUUUGGGGUGAACAGCUCUGACAUACCAGGACCCGCAGGCCUUCCUGGGGUGCCUGGGCGGGAUGGGCCUCCUGGUUUUCCCGGCCCCCCGGGACCCCCAGGCCCUCCAGGAAGAGAAGGGAAGGCAGGAGAGCACGGCCAGAAGGGCAGCCUUGGUGAAGCGGGCGCCCCAGGACCCAAGGGAAGCAAGGGGGACCCCGGCCCUGCUGGCCCUCCUGGGGAGAGCGGUUUGGCUGGAACCCCUGGCCCAGCUGGACCUAGAGGGCCCCCUGGCCCCCCCGGGCCACCAGGACCGGGAUUUGCCGCUGGAUUUGAUGACAUGGAAGGCUCCGGGGGACCUUUCUGGUCAACAGCCCAAGGCUCCGGCGGGCCCCAGGGACUGCCCGGCUCACCAGGACUCAAGGGUGAUCCUGGAACAGCUGGACCACCUGGGGCCAAGGGAGAAGUCGGAGCAGAUGGAGCCCCCGGGUUCCCCGGCCUGCCCGGCAGAGAGGGCACUGCUGGGCCCCAGGGACCUAAAGGAGAUAAAGGGAGCCAGGGAGAAAAAGGCGACCCAGGGAAGGAUGGAGUGGGACAGCAGGGUCUCCCCGGGCCACCUGGACCCCCAGGGCCUAUCGUCUACGUGUCGGAGCAGGAUAGAGCGAUCACCAGCGUGUCAGGAUCUGAGGGCCGGCCGGGCUCUGCAGGCUUCCCCGGACCCGCCGGGCCCAAGGGCGAACCGGGCUCCAGGGGCGAGCAGGGCUUCCCUGGACCCAAGGGCGAGAAGGGUGAGCCCGGCAGCCCCUUCGGCCCCAAUGGCAGAGCCCUGGCGCCCGCCCAGAAAGGAGCCAAGGGCGAGCCAGGCUUCCGAGGACCCCCGGGUCCAUAUGGACGGCCUGGGUACAAGGGAGAGAUCGGCUUUCCUGGACGGCCGGGUCGCCCCGGGAUGAACGGAUUGAAAGGAGAGAAAGGGGAGCCAGGAGACGCCAGCCUCGGAUUUGGCAUGAGGGGAAUGCCUGGCCCCCCUGGGCCUCCAGGGCCCCCAGGCCCUCCCGGGACUCCUGUGUACGACAGCAACGCGUUUGUUGAGUCCGGCCGCCCUGGGCCUCCAGGAUUGCCAGGAUACCAGGGGCCUUCUGGACCAAAGGGGGACAAAGGAGAAGUGGGCCCGCCUGGACCACCAGGGCAGUUCCCAUUUGACCUGCUUCGCUUGGAGGCUGAAAUGAAGGUGCGUGAGGGCCUGGGGGGCUGGGGGAGGGGGCUGCCUGCGCUCCCGGCGUCAGACCCUUCUGUCUGCCCACCCCCAGGAGGGCGCCGGCCCCAGGGGUCCCUGGCUCAGUGUGGCAGCAGGGAGCUGAGCCCCAUCCUGUGGCCAGGCUACCCUGGGAUUCCGGGUCCCAAGGGAGAGAGCAUCCGGGGCCAGCCCGGCCCACCUGGACCUCAGGGACCACCUGGCAUUGGCUAUGAAGGGCGCCAGGGCGCUCCUGGGCCCCCAGGCCCCCCUGGCCCCCCAGGGCCCCCUUCGUUUCCCGGCCCUCACAGGCAGACUAUCAGUGUUCCUGGACCACCUGGCCCACCUGGUCCCCCGGGACCCCCUGGAUCCAUGGGCGCCUCCUCAGGGGUGCGGGUCUGGGCCACGUUCCAGACCAUGCUGGACCAGCUGCCCGACGUGCCCGAGGGCUGGCUCAUCUUUGUGGCUGAGACAGAGGAGCUCUACGUCCGGGUCCGCAAUGGGCUGCGGAAGGUGCUGCUGGAAGCCCGGGUGCCACUCCCACAUGGGUCGGACAAUGAAGUGGCCGCCUUGCAGCCCCCUGUGGUGCGGCUGCAUGAGAGCAACCCAUAUCCCCGGCGGGAGCACCCCCCCUCCACAGCACGGCCCUGGAGGGCGGACGACAUCCUGGCCAGUCCCCCUCGCCUGCCAGAGCCCCAGCCCUACCCCGGAGCUCCACACCACAGCUCCUAUGUGCACCUCCAGCCAGCACGCCCCACAGGCAUUCCCACCCACACGCACCAGGACUUCCAGCCGGUGCUCCACCUGGUGGCACUCAACAGCCCGCUAUCGGGCGGCAUGCGUGGCAUCCGCGGGGCCGACUUCCAGUGCUUCCAGCAGGCACGGGCUGUGGGGCUGGCCGGCACCUUCCGCGCCUUCCUGUCCUCGCGGCUGCAGGACCUCUACAGCAUUGUGCGCCGCGCGGACCGCGGAGCCGUGCCCAUCGUCAACCUCAAGGAUGAGGUGCUGUUCCCCAACUGGGAGGCCCUGUUCUCAGGCUCCGAGGGCCAGCUGGAGCCUGGGGCCCGCAUCUUCUCUUUUGAUGGCAGAGACGUCCUAAGGCACCCAGCCUGGCCUCAGAAGAGCGUGUGGCAUGGCUCAGACCCCAGCGGGCGCAGGCUGACAGAGAGCUACUGUGAGACGUGGCGGACAGAGGCCACAACAGCCACGGGCCAGGCUGCCUCGCUGCUGGCAGGCCGGCUGCUGGAGCAGAAAGCCGCGAGCUGCCACAAUGCCUAUGUGGUCCUGUGCAUCGAGAACAGCUUCAUGACCACCGCCUCCAAGUAGGGCCUCUGCUGGCUUGGACAGCAGGUGGAGGAGGACAGGUGCAGGGGAGCGGAGGAGCCCCCACAGCAGGGCAGGGAGCAUCCAGCCAGCACCCCGGGGAGGGGGACCGACUGGGAUACGUUCCUAUAGAGUUCACAUUUCAUGUAAUCCUCAGAAAUAAAAGGAAGCCAAAGAGUGUAUUUUUUAAAAAGUUUAAAACAAAAAGCUUGAUGCUGAGACUUUCAUCCAUCUCUCCCCUGCCUGACCUAUGAGCCCUGCUGGCCCGCCCUGUGCCACAUGGGGCGCUGACCUCAGCUGGAUUUCAGCGACAUGCAGCUCCGGGACUUCCUGCUCUGGGAAGCUGUGCUCACCUCAGACCCACAGGCUCCUCUGGGCCUCCCACGGUGCUGUGGAGGGCCCUUGAUUCCAACAGGCACUGACUCAGUUUUGUGCUUGGUACCCUUCCGUGCACAAAAUCCAGACCAGUCUGCAGACCAGGCACAUAGUGUGCUGGGGUCUGGCACCACAGCGCAUCUCGCCCUGGCCAAUGUCUGCCAGCAGCAGAGUGGGCAUGACCUUGCCCAGGCAGGAAGCAGUGAGCAGCAGCACGGCCCACAUCACCGGGCAAGGGGCACCGCCUCUCCUCAGCCUCUGGCCUCUUUUCAUUACCCUGCCCCCCCGCCCCCCAAACUGGAGCAGGCUUCCAAGCUCGGUCCACCCCCCGAUGCCAUGUGAGGGCCUGGGGUGCAGCCAGGCUUGGCUGUGCACUGCUGUCCCCAGACUGACCUGUGGGUCCUGUCUCCCAGCCCUGUGCUGGCCUCUCAAGUGACCAGUGAGGCCGUAUCCAGAGCUGGUGGAAUUUUAAGGGACCCAUGAGUCAGGGCGUGGGAGCAAUCUGUCCCACAUCCAGGGCUGCUUUUCCAGCUGUGGGUUCCCAACACUGACGCCACCCUGCUCUGCCCCAGAGCGAGUCCUGGAACCCCAGCUGAGCCCAGGUCCCUGCACCAAAAUCGCUGGGGUCCUUGGUUUACAUCUGCAGGGCUCAGGUAACCACUGGUGGUGAAGGGGACAGCCAUGAGCUCCUGGCCAGGAUGUGGCUCACAGCCAGCUAGGGGCCUGCCCAGCCAAGUGCCAGGACAGGAUAAGGCCAUGUGCACAGGGCAGAUCAGCAGGUGAGGGCUGUGUGUAAGCCCCUGGCCCACCACUCUGUCCCCACAAGCACAUGGACAGCUGGCCUUGGACACAGGGCAGUCAUCAACUAUUGCCUGGAAAACCCACUGAGGGGACAUGGGUGCACGCAGGCAUCUCAGGGACAGUGGGCAGGUGGAACAGCCACCAGGAUGCAACUGAGGCCCAGUCACCCCCCCAAGUCCGGCAGCAUCUGCACAAGAGCAUCAGUUGUCCCGUGGAGGGACGUGUGCGCACAGGGCCAGCACAUGCCGGCGUCAGGACCUGCCAUCUGAGGACUGUGACAAAACCGGUGGGGCUGUUCCAUAACCCUGUGUGAUGUGAGGCCAUUUCAAGCAGGCACCAAAUAAACAGGACCUUUUGCACUGACA